AUGGGCAGAAGGAAUAUCACUCAUGUGUCUGACUUCAUCCUCAUGGGCCUGACAGACUCUGAAGAGAUCCGGCUGGUCCUCUUCACCCUCUUCCUCCUGAUAUACCUGAUCACUGUGCUGGGGAAUGUGGGGAUGAUCCUGAUAAUCCGCCUGGAAGACAGAGAAGACAAACUUCACACACCCAUGUAUUUUUUCCUCAGUCACUUGUCAUUUCUUGACCUAAGUUACUCAAGUGUCAUCACCCCUAAAACCUUAGACGACUUACUGAAUUCCACCAAGAGCAUUUCAUACCUGAACUGCUUCAUCCAGAUGAGUUGCUUUAUAUUCUUGGGUGGGACUGAAUGUUUCCUUCUCUCCUCCAUGGCCUAUGAUCGCUAUGUAGCCAUCUGCAACCCUCUGCAUUACCCGAUUGUCAUGUACACCAGACGCUGCUGCUUCCUAGUAUUUGGAUGCUAUUUGAUUGGCUUUAUGGACUCUUUUGUUAAUGGACUUUGCAUGAGCAGAUUGCAUUUCUGCAAAUCCAAUAUAAUCUUUCACUUUUUCUGUGAUCUAUCCCCAAUUUUAGCCUUGUCCUGCACUGACACACGUGACAUAGAAAUCAUCAUAUCCACUUUUGCUGGCUCCAGUCUAGUGCUGUCUCUUAUUACAAUAGCAGUGUCCUAUGUAUCCAUCCUAUCUACUAUCCUGAAAAUCACUUCCACUUCUAGUAAGCAAAAAGCUUUCUCUACUUGUGCAUCACAUCUUCUGGGGGUCACUGUCUUUUAUGGCACUCUGAUUUUUACCCACUUAAAACCAAGUAAAUCCUACUCCUUGGGGAAGGAUCAAGUGGCUUCUGUAUUUUAUACUAUUGUCAUCCCCAUGCUGAAUCCCCUCAUAUAUAGUCUUCGAAACAAGGAAGUAAAAAAUGCUCUCAGUAGAGUCAUGCAGAAGAUAAAGUGA